CCAAUGUCCCCCGGCCACUCAAGCGACUCUGGUGGCCACGACGCCGCCGCCGCUGCCGGCUCCGACGCCGACGCCGACGCCGACGCAGAAACGGGCUCAGGCGAGGGCGAUUUCAACUGGCCAUGGCUGGAGGAGAACCUGGUCGUGUACGUGGUCAGCAGCUUGCACAAGAACGCACUCAACGACACCAUUGAUGCGCUGCUCGACGUCUAUACGCACAGCAGUGUUCGCAGUCUGCGCCGGUCCAUCGAGAACGUCGCCGUUGCUAGCUCACUGCAUACCCCGCAGAUUGCCCGCAUAAUCGUCGAUCGACUGAUGGCCAAGCGCCCGCUGGAUAUUUUCAGCUUGCAUUCGCUGCGGCCGCGCACAUUGUCGGAGAUGGCUACCCAGGCUUUGCCGCCUGUGGCGGGGGUGGGGAUCCUGGGCGUGGACCCCGCGGGGACCUUCCGCCCUGGUGCUGAGAUCUUCCCGCUUGCCUGCCGGAUUCUAGACCUGGCCCUGGGCGCCACCACUGCCGCUGGCGCUGGGGCAGCGGGUGCUGAGGAAGGUAGUAGUGUUGCGGCGGUCGCGAGGCUGAUUGAGGACCAGUUGUGGGCGGUAUGCGAGGAGCCGGAUAUUCGGCGCAACCUGAUUGCACUGAAGCCCCGGCUGAUUCCGAAAGACCAGCGACCGGCGGCAGACGACAACAGUACGUCGCAGGAGGCUGUUCUGCAGGCCACCUCUGGACACCUACAUAUCCAGGCGGAAACUGUGGCUUCCUCUGCGGCGUAUGCCCUGGACAGGUCCGUGUACCUAUUGAGUCUUUUGGCAGACAGUUGUGUGGGAACAUUAGAUGAAGAGGAAAAUAAGGCUGCGGUUGGGGAUUUCAUGUCUGACCAGACCGCUGCUGGCGUUGAUCAGAGGAAGGUUAGGAGGGAGUUGUUUGUGAAACUGGCUCAUUCAAGGGUGGUGUUGGCUGCGCUGAUGACGGCAGUGGGGGAUACGAUGAGGCAGUUUAUGUCGGUGCCGGCGGUGCGCGAGCUGCUGCGGAUUAUGUGGCAACUGGCCAUAGAAGACGAGAAGGAGAAGAAAGAGAGGGAGAGGGAGACAGAGAAGGAGAAUGAUGGGGAGGGCGAGGAUGAGGACGAGGACGAGGACGACGACGACGAGGGCUGUGUUGGUAUCGUUGUGCCUGUGUGGAUCGGGGUUAAUUUUAAUGCCCUGGCUUCAAGAAUAUUUAACCAUCCGCAGGAUGAGUUUGUCGACUGGGCGACCAUCCAAUCGCACCUGUGAUCAAUAUUUUUUGAUUAUGGCAGAGCGAGAAUACAUAUAGAAUUUUUUUAUUAUAUUUUGUUUAUUUUAUUUUAUUUUAUUGCGUGUUAGA